AUGUCCACAAUGAAAACGGCAGAAAAACCGAAAUGGGCCGCCUAUCUGGAUGUGACGGAAUCGGGUGUGGAGCAGAUGGAAAUUGAGCCCGGACUGCGGCGUGUACGGAUUUCCCGAUUGAAACCGGACACACAAUACCUGUUCAAUAUGGCUUCCGUCUCGAAUUCGGGCUUAGGUGUUCGAGCUGUGGCCUACGGGCGUACGAAACGUUUCGUUCCAGCAGCUCCAACGGAAUUGACCGUGGAGGCGAUUAGUUCGACCGAGUUGGAGGUACGUUGGAAACCUCCGAUCAAGGACAGCCAAAGUCAGCAGACAGAAACAGCUGCGACAAGAAUUGCCUACUAUGAUCUUUCUUGGCGUCCAUCAACAAGCACGGGUGGUUGGAUACGUCUCGAUCAAUCUUCUUCCACGUGGUCCAAUCAAGUAGGCCCUACCAAUCCGUUACUGCCCGAAUCCAACGGGUUCAGUCGACGCCUGGUUCCUGUGCAACCAGAUGGAACAACCGCUGAGUUUUACACGGCUCGAAUCCCUCAACUGCAGCCGGGCACUUACUAUGUGAUACAUCUUCGAGCUGUCGCUCCGUCUGGCUCCGGAGACCGCGCCGUAUCCAGUCCUAUGCGUACCUGGGAUCCUCGUGAGUUCCUAAUUCCUUAUUGUUUGCCUGGUUUCUGUAAAUCGGGUCUGAAAAAAGAUCAAGAUUAG